AUGAGCAGCAACGAUAGUGUGGAGAAAGUUACCCAACAAGUAUCCGAACUGCAAAGUACAGACGUUAAAGAGCAAGUAGUCACACCUUGGGAUGUCGAAGGUGGUGUUGAUGAACAAGGCAGAGCUCAAAAUAUCGAUUACGAUAAGUUGAUCAAACAGUUUGGUACUAGGCCGGUUAAUGAAGAAACUCUGAAAAGAUUUAAACAAGUGACAGGUCAUGAACCACAUCACUUUUUGCGUAAAGGUUUGUUUUUCAGUGAGCGUGAUUUUACCAAAAUUCUAGAUCUUUACGAGCAAGGUAAACCAUUUUUUCUGUACACUGGUAGAGGCCCCUCAAGUGAUUCUAUGCACUUGGGCCAUAUGGUCCCUUUUGUGUUCACUAAAUGGUUACAAGAAGUGUUCGACGUACCAUUAGUCAUUGAAUUGACCGAUGACGAAAAAUUUUUAUUCAAACACAAGUUAACAAUUAAUGAUGUUAAGAACUUCGCCCGUGAGAAUGCGAAGGACAUUAUCGCAGUUGGAUUUGAUCCAAAGAACACUUUUAUCUUUUCUGAUUUACAAUAUAUGGGCGGUGCAUUUUAUGAAACUGUGGUGAGAGUUUCCAGACAAAUUACAGGAUCCACUGCAAAGGCCGUUUUUGGCUUCAAUGACUCCGAUUGUAUCGGUAAGUUUCAUUUUGCCUCCAUUCAAAUUGCUACCGCAUUCCCAAGCUCAUUUCCUAAUGUCCUAGGCUUACCUGAUAAAACGCCAUGUUUAAUUCCAUGUGCCAUUGAUCAAGAUCCCUAUUUUAGAGUCUGUAGGGACGUAGCAGAUAAAUUGAAGUAUUCAAAGCCUGCCUUGCUUCAUUCCAGAUUUUUCCCGGCCUUACAAGGCUCCACUACCAAAAUGUCAGCCUCUGAUGAUACUACGGCCAUUUUCAUGACUGAUACACCAAAGCAAAUUCAAAAGAAAAUUAACAAGUAUGCAUUCAGCGGUGGUCAAGUAUCCGCCGAUCUACAUAGAGAAUUGGGUGGUGAUCCUGAUGUCGAUGUUGCAUACCAAUACUUGUCGUUUUUCAAGGAUGAUGAUGCUUUCUUAAAGGAAUGUUAUGACAAAUACAAAGCCGGUGAAUUGUUAUCCGGUGAAAUGAAGAAACUUUGUAUUGAUACCCUGCAAGAAUUCGUCAAGGCGUUCCAGGAACGUAGAGCUCAAGUAGACGACGAGACUUUGGACAAAUUCAUGCUGCCACAUAAGUUAGUUUGGGGUGAAAAAGAAAGAUUAGUUGCACCUAAGCCAAAGACCAAGCAAGUAAAGAAAUGA